GAGCAAACCAUUCCCUUCUGUUUGCUCUGGCUGUACCUGGACUGGGUUGUGGGUAGCAUAGGGAGGGUGGAAGCCUCACAUCACUCUUAAGUCCUGUCUCUUACUGUAAAAGCACUGCAGUCUCAGGUGCUUCUGGUGGUGGAGAUGCACUGAGCACUGUUAAAGCUAACUCGGGGCCUGGUCUGAAGCAUGGGGGUUUGUUCAUUGGGGUUUGGGGUUUGUUUUUCAUACACGUAUUUCUGUCUGUAUUUGAAAGCAGAACCUGAAUCUUAGUGUGGCAGGAGUAAACCCCUGGAAAACUUGCCAAUUCUUGUUGAAGGGUAAAGCAGCAAAAUGGAAAUGAGUUAAGAUUUUUAUUUUUUUUUUAAGAAUGCACGAAGCCAAACUCUGUUUCUUGCUCUUAGGUUAGCUGUCAUUCUACACCCAAAGUUGUGCUGCUGUCCUACUCUUAAUACAGUCAGAGCAAGAAGAUGGAUCCUUUUUAGUUUAGUCUUCCCAUUUCAGGAAUUGCAGGGAUCUCCAGUUGAUGCUUGCCCUUAGAGGCUGCAGAAGUGCAGCAUCCUGCCUGCUGGUUUAAUGCCAUCAGGCACAAGUGUGACCCUUCCUGGCUGGAUUUUUAGUUCAGCCAAACUAAUGGGGAUUAGGAAACCACUGUGAUUUAAAUGUAGCACUCCAGCAGUGAGAUCAGCCUUUUCCUCCCAUUUUCUGUCCCCUGUCCCACUUGCUUUGCAUUAGUUUCUGCUUAGUCUUUCUGUGGAAUGGGAAUUGGUACACUGACUGUUGAGUAUGGUUUGGGAGGGGGGUUGCCUGUGUCCCCUCCCUAGUUCUUCUGCAGUUUUAUCUCUGGGUUGUAUGCAGGUAUCAUGGAGAUGUUGUUUAUGCUGGACUGAGUGGAGGGACUGGCAGAAAUUUAAAGGUGAGAAUAGACACAGGAACAUAGGGUCAUUGGAAGGUGGCUCUUGGGCAAACAUACCACAUAGUCCAUUGAUUAUCUAUGCUGGUUUUGGUAUCUCCUGAGUAGAAAGGAGUGCUGCUGCCUCCUUUAAUGAGUUGGACUGUUGCCUGCAGGCCAUCUAAUAACUGCUUCCUAAAAAAACCCAGUUUACUAACUGGUCUGUUUUGAUUACUGGUCAAUCCUAGACCACUUAACACCAGGCUCCAACAGGGAGCUUCCCUAAUCCCUUGUUUCCUUCUGGAAAACCAUGGAAUGGCAGUGGUUGUGCUUGCCAUGAGAGAACACGGGCCUGUUUUCCCACAUGUAAAAAAGAGUGGUGUAUGGAGUGUGAAGCUACCGUAUCCUUGAUCAGACUUCCCUUUAACAGAGCUAGGUACAAAAUGUUCUCAAAAGGAGGACAGUUCAGUCUGUCUUUGGUAAGACUUGCAAUGGAAAGAAGGUCUCUCUUUCCAGAUCUGCAUGUUCCUCUCCAAAUGCACAGUUUAAGAGCUUAUAGUUAGUAAUGCAAUAAUGUUGUAUGUGCUCUCCUAGACGUGUAGAGAAGGAAUGAUUAAUGGACUUGAGGUAUUUUUUCCCCAGUCUGCUAAAACUGGUCCUUCAGCUCUUUUUUACCUAGUGUAGGGAAGGACAGGAGCUUUCUCCAAUUCAGUGGCCUUGUGAGGAGAGCUGUUCAGUUUUCAUUGUGACAUUUUAUUCGGUGGUUUUGAACAACUUAAGACACAAUAAGCAGUGAUUCGAGUGUCUUCCUGGUAAUGACUUAAGCUUAACUGCAGCUUGUGGCAUAAUAUCAUUCAACAUAGUGGACCAGGGAGAAGAGUGUCCCUUUUUACUUGUGGAAAAAGUGCUCCAGUGUUUAGUGCUCAGCAAACACUGUGGCCAAUUCCCAACUAGUGGCCUGGGACUUCAUUCCUACAAGCUGUAGCUGUAGGUAGCUGGAAGGGAGCAGUGUAGUUCCAUUGGAGAGAAAAAUACAGGUCUGUGCUCUGAAUCCGUGUUCUCAAUAUCAAGAGUGUGCACUUUCUGCCUUUGUUCAUUUAGUCCUGAGUUCUGUUGGGUAGCAAGGAAAUACUAAAUUCUCACUUCCCAAGUUAAUUUGGAUAGUGUGGUCUAAUAAUAUACAAUGAAAAGGAGCUCUCUCAGUUUUUAUAGGCUACUCUGUCAUGAUAAACACAUUUAUUUAUUUAAAUACAGUUUCAGCAGUUGUUUUCUUCUAGGCAAAGUGGUGGGGUACUGUUAGGACUGAUGCUUUGGAUCGGUGGUUUUAGUUGGGUUUGGUGGGGUCCGAGUUUGGCAUUUUUAAACUUACCGACAGGAGAGGCAGAGUUCAUGGUUCAGGGCUCUUGCUUCAUUCUGACAGCAGCUGUUCUGGGUUCAUAAAAGCAUAACCAUGUGCAUUUGUAACUGAUUAACUGACAACUCCGCUGAAGCUUCCUGCAGUGAUACUUUUAAGCCCUUUUUAACUGAAAACUGACAGUUUCCUUCCCCCUUUGACUCCUAAGUCCCUGUGAGCAUUUGGGAGGGUCCCUCUGUGAGAUACUCUGGAGCAAUAAGUCCAUCUCAGGUGGGCUUGAUUAUUUUAGUUCCUUAUCAUUAACCACAUAGGAGCCCUUAAGCUGCCAUAUGUUUGGACUUUGUUUUGAACAAAUACAAUUGACACUGGGUUGGAAAUGCCUCUUCAGGGACCACUCAGUGGGUGUAGGGCAGCCUUUCAGACUACAGUAGAGGUUAACUGUUGUCAUGUUUUGAUUGUAGAACUUGAAUAUGUGUUUAAUUUUUUGUGAACAGAUUGAUGACUCUUCUGCAUCUAUUUCUCUGGCCCAGCUUACUAAGACUGCCAACCUGGCUGAAGCCAAUGCUUCUGAAGAAGAUAAAAUAAAAGCCAUGAUGAUACAGUCUUUCCGUGAAUAUGGUCCAGUCAAUCACACGAAGAAGCCCUUGGGUACACCUCCACCAUCAUAUGUUUGCUUUUGCUGCGGAAAACCUGGCCACUACAGAAAGGACUGCCCAAGAAAUGGGGACAAAAAUGUUGAGUCUGUUCCCAGACUGAAGAGGAGCACAGGAAUUCCAAGGAGUUUCAUGAUAGAGGUGAAAGAUCCCAACACAAAGGGUGCAAUGCUGACAAACACUGGAAAAUAUGCAAUACCGAUUAUUAAUGCGGAAGCUUAUGCUAGAGGAAAGAGGGAAAGACCUCCAUUUUUACCAAAGGAGCCAUCCUCCUCCUCUUCUGACGGUCCUGCUCCGGAUGAGCUGUUAUGUCUCAUUUGUAAAGAUAUAAUGACUGAUGCAGCUAUUCUUCCCUGCUGUGGAAGCAGUUAUUGUGACGAAUGUAUUAGAACGGCGUUGCUGGAGUCUGAGGAAUACACAUGCCCAGCGUGUCAUCAGACAGAUGUUUCUCCUGAUGCUUUAGUUGCCAACCAGAGCCUACGCCAGGCUGUGAACACCUUCAGAAAUGGAGCUGGCUACACAAAAAGGCUCCGUAAGCAGAUUCAGCAGCAGCAGCCGGAGCCACCACCUCCAGCACCACUCACGCCAGGUAUCCCUCCUGCUGCUUUGGUGACUGCCGCUGAACUGCCUCAAUCUUCCUCUCUGUCAAUCAGCAGGUUGUUGGAAGAGAAGGGCUGUCAAGUUCCUGUACGAAGACAACUAGCACUACCAAGUCUUCUGGGCUGCCAAGGGCAAUCAGUACCCACAACUGGUAAGUAAUGACAGCUUUAGAGCUUCUGUUAAAAAAAUUACCUUCAGAUAAGCUGAAUGGGCUUU